UACUGAUCACGGACGAUUUGACAUACCAAGCGGGGCUUAGCCCCGAUCCUCCCCUUGGUGUAGUUGGUUCAUCACGUUCGACUGUAAUGGUUACAUUGUCAUCGAAAGGUCUCUAGUUCGAUUCUGGAAGGGGAGAAGUCUUUUUUGUCUUUGAUUUCAUUUGUAUUCAUCUUUCUGGCGUCUCACGGACAAAGCUGUUGCGUGUAGAAAUUUCAUCAUCCAACUCUCAUCAGAAGGUCUAUCUAUCUACCUUGCUUUUUUUUUAUUUUAAUCUUUUUUGCGGCGCAAAUAAGACACAUAAAGUGCACGACUACUUUGCUAGGGCUGCAUCAACGCGCUGAUCGCCCCAGCAUGGACGUGCCGGCCGCCGCAAACGCCCUGGGCACUCUCGGUGCAGUCUGCUGGUCAAUUCAACUCAUUCCUCAAAUCAUCGUCAACUACCGUCGCCACAACGCGACCGGGCUGCAGCCUUCCAUGAUGAUGCUUUGGGCCUGGGCCGGCGUGCCGCUCGGUGUCUACAACAUCGUUGAGGGAUUUAACGUUGCGCUGCGGGUCCAGCCCCAGAUCCUGACGUUCCUCAGUCUCGCGACCUGGAUUCAAUGCUAUUACUAUCAGCGGGCCUGGUCCGUCCUCCGCUCCCUCGCUGUCGUGGCGCCGAUUGCAGCCGUCAUGGCCGGCAUACAGGUUGCCCUCGUCAUCGGCCUGCGCAUCAUCAAGGACCGCGGCGUCGAGUGGCCCAUGAUCCUCAUGGCUGUGCUCUCAGCCGCGCUGCUGGCCGCUGGUGUGCUGCGGCAUUACUGGGACAUCUACCUUCACCGUACCGUGCGCGGCAUCUCUUUCGUCUUCGUCGCCAUCGAUGCCGCCGGUGACGUCUUCUCCCUUGCGUCCAUUUUCUUCCAGGCCAAGACGGACAUCUUGGGCAUCGUCAUAUACGCCACCGAGUUUAUCCUCUGGUGCGGCGUCUUUGCGUGCGGCGGAUAUUACAAUUUCUUGCCUUGGGCGAGGAUGAGGUGGCUUGUAAAGAAGGACGGUAAUACUGGCGGGACCACGUCUGUCCAAGGGAACGCACCGAGCCAGGGCGGUGGUGCUGCAGCAGCACGCCACGGCGUCGCCAUGCACGACUUGCCCUCUUCCACCUCCGUCUUCCGUACCGCGUCAAGAGACGAGUCGGGGCUUCGGCCCAGGACCUUUUGUCUUCCAGAGUUGAAGUGAAGAGCGCUUAAACGGAGCUCGAAGCGUUGCCAGCGGAAGGCUAGACUCGUUGUUAUGGCGGCCUGCAAUCACUUCAUACCCUCAAUGGCUAAUAAAGCAUCUUUCGCAUUCUCUACGUAAGCCCGUAUGAUACAGCGUA